AUGGAUCGUAAUCAGCGAAAUAUAUCACGAAAAGCUGCGGGAAUUCAGAAGAGUAUUUUCUGGCCCUAUGAAUCUCUUUCUUUAUAUUAUGAAACGUUGUCGUUGGAUUUUCGUGUCACUUAUGUGAUUUUGACCAUCCAAGUAAUUUACUACCCUGUCCUCGCCAUUGUAGCUGUUCCUGUUAACGUGCUGACAAUCGUCAUCCUGUCGCGUGGAAAGUGCGGUAUCUCCAAAGGCGUCACAAGGUACCUGGUUGCCAUGGUAGCAGCGGAUCAGCUGGUCGUUUUCUUCGAUCUGGUAUUGAGCAAGAUUCCGAUGAUCUACAUGCCAUUUGAGGUUUUACACUGGAGUUAUCGUGGUCCCGUGUGUAAUAUUCACGCCGUCAUACUCUACGCUGCCACAGACUGUUCUGUCUGGUUCACCGUCGCUUUCAACUUUGAUCGCUGUGUGGCCAUUUGUUUUCCACAGCUGAAACUAAAUUACUGCACCGGGAGAGCGGCGGCUCUGGUUCUGGGGACAGUGACUCUGCUGAGCUGCCUAAAGAACAUUUUCUUGUACUUUACGCUCGAUGGUUUUUAUUCGAUUUCAAAUAUGCCCUUGCUCUGCCUGGAAAGUCGCCGCUUCUUUUCCGAUUUUCCGUCGUUAGCAUUGCAAGCGAUUCGUGUCCUCCCCACCCCAAUAAUACCCUUUGUCCUGAUUCUCGUGCUCAACAGUUUAACCAUCAGACACGUCUUACUGGCCAGCCGAGCCCGGAGGAGAGUCCGUGGUUCUCGUGACGUUCAGUCGCCCGCCGACCCGGAGAUGAAGAACCGCUGGCAAUCCCUUCUGAUAUUGCUGCUGAUGUCGGGGAAUUUCAUCCUGCUGUGGGCGCUACUGACGCUGUAUUCCAUAUGGGAUACCCUGUAUGUUUAUUUUGAAACAUAUCCCCCGACCUCUCUGGUGGAACUGGGCUACAUGUUUCAACAGCUGAGCUGCUGCACCAACACGGCCCUUUACGCCGUGGCCCAGACCAGGUUUAGGCUGCAGUUCAAAGAAUCGAUGAAAUCCCCGUUCCGUCUAAUGACAAAGCUCGCUCGGUGUUGUCACACGAGCAUUAAUCCUCAGUGA